CCACCAGGCGUUCAGCCGCAGCGGGCUGCAACCCGCACCCGCCCGCCGCUCGGCACGCCGCCCCCUGCCUCCUCCUCCUCCCCUGCUCCUGCUCCUGCUCCUCCUCGUCCUCCUCGUCCUCCUCGUCCUCGUCGUCCUCCCCCGGCCACGGCCGCUUCCCGUCCGGCCGCGCCCCUCUGAGCCCCUCCCGGGCCAGGAGCGCGGCCACCUCCCGGGCCACCAAGGCCCCGGGCCACCCGCCUCGAAAGCGCUCGGCAGCGCCCACCCGGACGAGGCUCCUCGGGCCGGGAGGGGGUGGGCGUCGAGGGAGACGCGGGGCCGGAGGAUCGCCCCCCCCCCCCCCCGCCAUCCCACGGCCGCCGGGACCCCCCACCUCCGGACAGAGCCAGGUGGGGCGACGGCCAUCCUUGGGUCAUUGAUUUGCAGGCUCGCUCCUGCGCGCGGAGAUCGAGAAGAGCCGGCCCUGCCGCACCAUUUCCCCCGGAGCGGGGAAGCGAAUCCCAGCGAGGAUUGGGAGGAUUUCUCCUCUCUCCUCUCCCCGGGGGCCCGAGAGAUUUCUCCCAGAUUUCUCCCGGGCCUUGGCCUUCGGGGGGCGGUUUUCAUCGGACAGUAUUUAUCGAGCUUCGAGGGAGAAAGGGAGGGCCGGAGCCGGAUGCGUCUUGGGGACCGUGAAUCCGGCAGAGAAGCAGCAGCAGUGAGCUCUGCCGGGGCCUGGGAAAAAUUCCCAGGUGAGAGGCCCAGUAGUAGGAUCUUUUAAGUGUCGUCCCCCCCCCGGGGCCGGGGAGAUCCGGACAGGUGAGAGCGGGACCCCGUCUUCGGUCCCCCCGGGCCGGCCGGCCGAGAACGGGGUGGGACGUCGGGGCGACCGACCCCGACCCUUCUGGAAGGACAGGACCGGGCGGGGCGGCCGGGGCCUCGACGGCGAGCGGGCGGCGAGGCCGGUCGACGGAAGGGCCAGACCCACACCGAGAUGUUCAGUUGGCUUGGCCACGAUGACCGGAGGAGGAAGGACCCAGAGGUCUUCCAGACGGUGAGCGAGGGGCUCAGAAAACUCUACAGAACCAAGCUGCUCCCCUUGGAAGAGCACUACAGGUUCCACGAGUUCCACUCGCCGGCCCUGGAGGACGCGGACUUUGACAACAAGCCCAUGGUCCUGUUGGUGGGACAGUAUUCCACCGGGAAGACCACCUUCAUCAGGUACCUGCUGGAACAAGACUUCCCUGGCAUGAGGAUCGGGCCUGAACCUACCACGGACUCCUUCAUCGCAGUCAUGCAGGGCGAUGUGGACGGAAUCAUCCCGGGCAACGCCCUCGUGGUCGAUCCCAAGAAGCCCUUCCGGAAGCUCAAUGCCUUCGGCAACGCCUUCUUGAACAGGUUUGUCUGCGCCCAGCUGCCCAAUCCCGUUCUAGAAAGCAUCAGCGUCAUCGACACGCCGGGGAUCCUGUCCGGGGAGAAACAGAGGAUCAGCAGAGGGUACGAUUUCGCGGCCGUCCUGGAGUGGUUCGCCGAGCGGGUGGACCGCAUCAUCCUGCUGUUCGACGCCCACAAGCUGGACAUCUCCGAUGAGUUCUCCGAGGUCAUCAAGGCCCUCAAGAACCACGAGGACAAGAUGCGGGUGGUGCUCAACAAAGCCGACCAGAUCGAGACCCAGCAGCUGAUGCGGGUCUACGGGGCCCUCAUGUGGUCCCUGGGCAAGAUCGUCAACACCCCCGAGGUCAUCCGCGUCUACAUCGGCUCCUUCUGGUCCCACCCGCUGCUCAUCCCCGACAACCGUAAGCUGUUCGAGGCCGAAGAGCAGGAUCUGUUCAGGGAUAUCCAGAGCCUGCCGCGGAACGCCGCCCUGCGCAAACUCAACGAUCUCAUCAAGAGAGCUCGGCUGGCCAAGGUCCAUGCCUACAUCAUCAGCUCCCUGAAAAAGGAGAUGCCGUCGGUCUUUGGGAAAGACAAUAAGAAGAAGGAGCUGGUGAACAACCUCGGAGAGAUUUAUGGAAGGAUUGAACGGGAGCACCAGAUCUCACCCGGAGAUUUCCCCAACCUGAAAAAGAUGCAGGACCAGCUGCAGGCUCAGGACUUCUCCAAAUUCCAGCCCCUGAAGAGCAAGCUGUUGGAGGUGGUGGAGGACAUGCUGGCCCGCGACAUCGCCCAGCUCAUGGUGUUGGUGCGUCAGGAGGAGAUCCAGCGGCCGCUCCAGACGGUCAAGGGCGGGGCCUUCGAGGGCACCCUGCACGGGCCUUUCGGCCACGGCUACGGGGAGGGGGCCGGCGAAGGCAUCGACGACGCCGAGUGGGUGGUGGCCCGGGACAAGCCCGUGUACGACGAGAUCUUCUACACCCUCUCCCCCGUGGACGGCAAGAUCACGGGCGCCAACGCCAAGAAGGAGAUGGUGCGCUCCAAACUGCCCAACACCGUGCUGGGCAAGAUCUGGAAGCUGGCCGACAUCGAUAAGGACGGGAUGCUGGACGAUGAGGAGUUCGCGCUGGCCAACCACCUCAUCAAAGUCAAGCUGGAGGGCCACGAGCUCCCCAGUGAACUUCCCUCACACCUGCUGCCCCCGUCCAAGCGGAAAAUGGCCGAGUGAAGAGGAGGGGGUCUCAGCCACGGAGCGGGGGCCGCUCGGAGGGAGAGCUAGGAAACGUGACGGUUCGAUCACACACCCACAUACCCCCGCACGCCCUCUCCCUCUCUCUCCCCCUCCCACGCGUGGUCACCGCUCCGACAUCCAAAUAUAGGCGUAGGAUUUUAAAUCUCCACCUCUACCUUAGGGGAAACCACCUCUACCCAAGUGGUUAUUUCUGUCCUGGAUUGGGGACGCCCAGACCUGCUCGUCAGGGUAGAGGUUCUGGGCACUUGACCUCGUGUGUCCGCGUCCCCGUCCCCACCUCCUCACGCUAGCCCGGCCCCAAACGACCCUCCAGGAUUCCUCGGGCCAACCCCUCCCGUGUCGAAAAGCGGUCCCCGCUGUUUUGGAGGCUGAAGUCACCCAGAGAUGACACUGGAAUUCAUAGCUGUCGAGUUCGAAACAAGGAAUCCAAGCAGAAGGGAAAGGCUUUAUCAUCAUAUGCAAUUAUUACUUUUUUGGCUUUCUAAUAUACGACCCACCUGGGUGGAAUAGGAAAUACGAAGGAAAGGGGAAGCCAAAGGGUUUCAGCCGCUGUGUCUGUGAUGGGGGAGGCCAGACGGGAUUCAGCUUGGCACACAGUAAGCACUUAACAAAUACCAUCAUUAUUAUUAUUAUUAUUAUUGAGCGCUUACUCUGUGCAAAGCGCCGUACUAAGCGCUGAAGGCAAGGGGGUGGGGAACGGCUUUGGAUCUGGGAUCCGUCUCUGGCUGUUUCUCGGAGGUUGAUCUAGGACUCGCCCUUGGCUCUGCUGGCCCCGGGCCCGUCCGAUUUGUUCAUCUAGGGAAUUCCAAAGGGGCGGAAGAGCAAGGGAACCAGCCGGAGCCAGAGCAGGGUCUGGGCAUCCGACUUAAAGCCGAGCCCCAGAGUCACCCCCGGGAUGGUACAGCGAGGGAUCAGAGAGGCCGUAAGGUGUGAGAAAAAAGUCGCCCCGCUGAGGUUGGCAGUUGCAGCCCUUCGCUCUCUAGAAACAUUCCCCAAGGUGAAAGAUUGUCUCUUCUCCCCCGUCAGGAAGGACCACGGGCCUUCUCAUCUCCAAGAUUGAGUCCUUUUCCGACCGUGAGGCGGCCGCUUUUUCCUCCGUCCCCACCGGACGCGUCUUUUUAGCGAGGCCUCUUUUCCCCUGAGAUUUUAUUUUUGCCAACAUCCCUCCUCCUUUAACCUCCCCAGAUCCUUCCACAUCUCUUCCCGCUUCUGGUCUGCUCUUCGUCACUUUAUAUGCUGCGCUCUUACCGUGCCGAAGGCAAACAAAAACGAGAUGAGUGUAAUUUAUUUUCUAUCUCUGUGUUCAUAUUAUAGAGAGAAAUAUAUAAUGUAACUAUGUACGCUGUGCUUAUUACUGCAGUGCAUUUAUCACUUGUCUUACUAUUAAUACAUUAACCCCUUUGUACCCUU